AUGGUUAAAAUGGACAACUCUGGAUUAAUUCGGUUAGUGUCAACGAAUUUGGCGUUCGAGCAAUUGUGGGACAACGUUAGAGAGACCCAGUUGACCAAUUUGAAUUGCUGGAUUUUGACAGGACGUCCUGCGCACAAGUUGAGCAACGAUGAUGACGACAUAUGCGAUGAAUGGGUACUUCCAGUAGAAUUGCUACAAUACCGAUGUGGCCGAUUAACAUUGGAAAUUUUGGAUACCGUCUUCCACUCAGUAAAAAGUGAACGCAUCACAUUGGCAAUAGUGAGCGACGACGGAACCAUCGUGUAUUAUUUUAUCUACAAGGGACUUCACAAGCCGAAAAAGAAUUAG